AUGGCGGAAGUCAGUCGCAAGCGCGCGCCAGAGGGCGAUGGCGCUGCGACUACGCGCAAGAAGUUGAGGCCCUCAGAGCUCCCGCUUUCGCAAGCGAAACGAUCAGCUAUCGACAGCCUCGUGCACAUGUUUCGCAAGAAGGGCGCAUACGACAAUAUACGCAGAGACCUGAUGAAGCAAUACGUCUCAGGACCUGCUAAAGAUGAACUUCAAGCCGCGCUCAAGGAGCUCGUCGACCGCGAAACCGAUCGUAACCCCUCUCUGCUGUCCAAGGAUCCCCGCAUGGCGACCACACUCAUAGAAGGCGCUGGUGAGCGCAGCGACAUAUAUGGCAACAUCAUGAACACGGUCAAUACUCUGCUGGAUAAACUGAUCGACGAGCAUGGCGUGCCAAAGAUGCGCGAGUACCGCGCUCAGGAGAUUGGUGCUGAAGCAGCUGCUGAAGAGGAAAAGCGAGGCAGCAAGAGCGAAGAACAGUGGGCUCAAGAGGCAGAAGCUCGUAGAGAGGAGCGUGAGGCUAGGCGGGAAAAGGAGCUUGAGGCAGAGCGCGAGAGAGAGCGUGAGGAGAGAGCGAAGAAGGAAGAACGCAAGCGCCGCGAGAAGGAAGAGGAUGAAGCUCGUGAGAGAGCGCGGCAAGAGGAGAAGGAGCGGAGGCGCAAAGAGCGGGAAGAGCGCGACAAGGAAGACGAGGAGCGCCGCCGCAAGGAUCGAGAGAGAAUUGACAAAGAGAGAGAAGAGGAGCGUCUACGCCUCAAAAAGGAGCGAGAAGAGCAUGAGAAGAGCCGCGAAGCCCGUCUCAAGAAGAUCCGCGAAGAAGAUGCCGAACGAGAGCGCCGCAUACAAGAAGAGCUAGAUCGGGAUCGAGGUGGACGCCAUCGUGGUCGUCGUGGCCGCAGCAGGACCCCCGAUCGUGAUAGCGAUCGUCGCGGACGAGACAGGAGUAGGCGAAGAAGCAGGACAAGGACUAGGUCACCCGAACGCCGCCCAUCCAUCAAGCCUGAAGACAUCAAAGUGGACGAUGAUUUGGCAUUACAGCUUCUACUACAGGAAAGCGAGCAAAUGAAGAAAUCACGACAGCGACCUGUGCUCGAACGGUCAGAAUCGCUGGAACCUCCUAUGCGAAAAGCGCAACCUCCCAAGUCGCUUGUUCCCCGUGAUCCCAUCGCUGCUCGACUGGCGAGGCUCGAAAGCAAACCCGCUUCCCCCUCGCAAAGGUCACCCAGCAAGGACGCCAAAUCUUCUGCUCCAGGUACGGGAGCGAAGGGUGAAGAUGUCACCAUGACGGACGCUCCAUCAGCAACAGAAUCAGCCAAAGCUAGAUGGGACAAACCGCCUGAGCUGCCCUCGAAGCGAGGUCGAUCAAGAUCACCCGUCUCGACAGAGACCGACGCUCUUCCCGCUACGAGGACGACCGCCGGUCCCGCCGAGACGACGACAGACACUCCUACAGACCCUCGCGUCGAGACAGUCGUAGCCGCUCCCGAGAAACCCACACUUCCCGUCGUAAAUCCCGCUACGGAACACGCAGUCCGUCACCGCCUCGCGAGGAGCGUCGCAGAGAUCGUUCUCGUUCUCGAGGUGGCAGACGGGAGCGUGAGAGGUCUCCUGCACCUGUACGUCGCCGUCACCGUUCUCGCUCUAGGAGCCCGGAGAAUAUCGAUCGAUACGUACCUGGCGGUGGUGGCGGUGCUGCGAGUGGUAGUGCACGGAAGCCGCGCGAAGAUAGUCGGGACCGUGACCGCAAGCGCGAGCGCGAUGACAGUCGGCCUCCGAGAAAGAGAGAUGAUAGUCGGGAUCGAGGCGCGCGCAGUUACAGGGCGAGAGACUAUGAUCGAUGGGAUGGGGGCAGGGAUAGGGGAGUAG